AUCUAUAUACCAAAGUUGGCGAAUUGUCACUACUAUAUUUUGAAUGAUUAUUCUAUUUGUUCAUGAUAUUAAGUGCAGGCUACUAAAAGUUUGUCUUCUGCAGGUGCAAGAAGCAAUCUAAAGAAAAUUGCAAUAGGAGUUGGAGCAGGUGGAGGAACAUUGUUUAUUAUAUGCAUCUUCAUUUUUGAUUGGCACAAGCGCAAGAAGAGAAACAAACCCGAGAUUUGAAAGAUCUCAUGCGUAGUUCAUCUUCAAUGCAAUCAUACAGCAAAUACCUUGAGUUGGGUGGUUCUCCCCAUAUCUUCACUUACGAGGAACUUGAAGAGGCUACUGCUGGAUUUAGCGCCACAAGGGAACUUGGUGAUGGUGGUUUUGGAACUGUUUACAAAGGAAAGCUCCGGGAUGGGAGAGUAGUUGCAGUGAAACGCCUUUACAAGAACAACUACAGACGAGUAGAGCAAUUCCUAAAUGAGGUAGACAUCUUGUCCCGCCUACUGCACCAGAAUAUUGUUACCCUAUAUGGCUGCACGUCUCGUUCUAGCCGUGACCUUCUCGUGGUCUAUGAGUACAUCCCAAACGGAACAGUUGCAGACCAUCUUCAUGGACCCCGUGCAGGAGAACGAGGCCUCACAUGGCCUGUAAGAAUGACAAUUGCCAUAGAAACGGCUGAGGCACUGGCAUACCUUCAUGCAGUUGAAAUCAUACACCGUGAUGUCAAGACCAAAAACAUAUUGCUAGACAACAACUUCCAUGUAAAAGUUGCGGACUUUGGACUAUCACGCCUGUUCCCGUUUGAAGUCACCCAUGUCUCAACUGUUCCACAGGGCACACCAGGGUAUGUUGACCCAGUGUACCACCAGUGCUACAAGCUAACCGAUAAGAGUGAUGUCUACAGCUUUGGUGUUGUGUUGAUAGAGCUAAUUUCCUCAAAACCAGCUGUGGACAUGUCCAGGAGCCACAGUGACAUUAACUUGGCUAACAUGGCUCUCAACAGAAUUCAGAACCAUGAAGUUGAGUUGGUUGACCCAGAGAUCGGUUGUGAGACUGACAGUGAAACAAAGAGGAUGCUUCUGGUGGCCGAGCUGGCCUUUCAGUGCUUGCAGAUGGACACAGAUAACAGGUCAUCAAUCAAGGAGGUAGUGGAGGUCCUGCAUUGUAUCAAGAACAGGGAAUGUCCAGCGGAAAAGAUAAACAAGAAUGCUUCUCUAAAGGAAGAUUCCCAUCUGCUGAAGGACAGCCUACAGUAUUCGCCUGAUUCAGUUACCCAUAGAUUUCACAGCCAAUCUACUAACCAUUCGGUAGCAUCAAACUCUAGCGGAUGCGUGAAACUUUUAUUGAUUCUGAUGAAAUAAGGCCCCUAUCUGAUGAGCCGUAGAUAUCAUAGAGUUCGCUAAUGAUGUGAUUCGUCUG